AUGUAUCAUCCGUCUGAAUGGAGUUCAUGGCGACAACAGAACAAGAUGGCCAUCUCUCUAGGCACGAGGCAGGCCGCCGACGAGGAGGCGCGCGCUGAGGUCGAGGUGCUCAAUUCGAGGCUGGAUAAGACGAGCCAGUUGACCAAGAAGAUACAAGCCUCCCUGUCACGACUGGAAUCGAGCGGGAGGAGCGUUCAAGAAGCUGUUGGACCUCUGUACGGCAGCACCCAAAAGCUUCAAACUCUCGGAGCGAAUAUCGAUGGAGUCAUCAACGCCAUCCAGAGAAUUAGACAACCGUCCGACAUCAAGAGCAAUGAAGAGGACAUCAUCCGAAAAGGUCCGGAAAAGGCUGGCCUUGCAGCCUUCCUCAGCUCCGUCAAGCGUGUCAAUAAAGCCCUGCAGGAGAUGAAGCAGACAAAUCUUCGAACCAACCAACAAGCUGUUUCUGAUCUCAGCAGGCUCCUCAAGGCUGGAAAUACUCAGUUGGAAGGGCAUUUUCAACACCUGCUACAAGAGGACUCUAGACCCAUCGAACCCCUAUAUUACAUUACAAAGGAUAAGGCUUUCCCGAUGCUCUCUCAAGACAAAACUACGCGCUUGGGCUUGAUAAAUUCCUACAUUGGGUCAUCCAUGCGACAAUCUGGAACCUCCGGAGAAUCACCUGUCUUGCAAUUGUAUGCAAGCGUGCGAGGUCCAUACCUGACUGCUACGCUACAAAACUUGGCAUCUGCAUCACUCAAUACCGCGAAAAAGAAGUCACCGGAUGCUAUCUAUCGCCAGGGAACAAAUGGCAUGGGCCACUAUGCUAAGGGCAUGGAGGCAGCCUUCCUUGCUGAAUAUGACAAUAUAUGCGGACUAUUUUCUCGGGAGGAGUGGAGCAGAGUCUUCAAUUUGACUUGCCAGGGAUCUAUUUCAGAGAUGGCCAGGACACUUCGCGAGCUGAACAUUCACAUUAAAAACAACCUUACCACCGACUGCUACCUUGCAUACGAGAUCAUCGAGAUCAUAUCGAAUCUGUCGUCAAAUCUAGAUACUAGGACAGGGGAAUUGAGACCUACUUUUGCAGCAGCUCUUAAACCUAUUAGGGAAACGGGAAAAUCCUCUUUGGGAGAGUUAUUGGAGGAUACGCGCCGCCGAAUAAGCAACUUGCCAACCAUCCCGGGAGAUGGUGCUGCUUUACCCAUAACUUCGGAAACAAUGACGCGACUACAGACCAUGGUAGAUUUCUUACGUCCCAUCUCAAGCAUAAUGAUAUCUAUCGGCGACGGCGGUUGGAAAUCGGCACCUAACACGAACAACUCGUCUGAUCAAAUUCCUACCCUGAAGUCGUUUGACGUUGGAGCUGAUGGAAAACAAAUUUUCGCUCACUACAGCGUUGACACCAUUGAUACUCUCCUCACUUCCCUAGAGGCAAGAGCCAAACCCGUUCUAAAAGGCAAGCCGGCACUUGGCGUCUUCAUUGCCAAUAACGCCACAGUAAUUGAACGAUCGAUUCGCAAUUCCGAUCUGCAACCGUUGCUUCAAUCGCGGAUGGGGGAUAUUGACAAAUGGCGCAAGACUGGAGCUCAACUGUACACUCUCGCGUGGCGGGAACCAUCAGCACACCUGCUGGACGUGCAAUAUACAAACCGCGGCAACCGGCCACAAUCCGGCUCAGCCGCUGCUAUUGACUCGGCUGCUAUUCUGAAAGGCCUCGGCAGCAAGGAUAAAGAUUCCAUCAAAGAGAAAUUCAGACUCUUCAAUGCCAGUUUCGAUGAGCUGGUAGCAAAGCACAAGAGUCUUAGCAUGGAGAAGGAAGUCAGAGAAAUGCUGGGCAAACAAGUGCAGCAGAUGAUCGAGCCGCUAUAUGGGCGAUUUUGGGAUCGAUACCACGAAGUUGACAAGGGCAAGGGAAAGUACGUUAAAUAUGACAAGGGCAGCAUCUCGGGCGUAUUUUUGAGCCUCACAUAG